AUGCCGGCGACGAGAGCGAGGAGGACCACGGAAGGCCCCAGGGAGAUCGACGAACUGGUCGACCUGCUCAAGCUGCCAGCAGCCCAAGACGACCACCAACUCCGCCAGCUCGCCAGCCAAGCCCACCAGCAGAUCCACUCCACCCUACUCUCAAAUGAGAACACCACCAGCCUAUCUGACCAGGAGAUUCUCGAUCGACUGACACUGAAAGAAGAACUAGCCCAGAAAGAAUUCCAAGCCGCAGACAGCCAAAGGAUGAUCGGAGAAGCUCGGCAAGAGAUCCAGACCCUGAAACCGCAGAGCGAGCAGAUACACGAAGAGUACAUGCGGCACGAGGACGAAUACAUCGACCAUCACGAGUCCCUCAAGCCCGGCCGGACCCCCAGCGCGCCAACCUCCCAGAAGAGGCCGCAGAAGCCAGGCUUGGUCGAGGCCUUGGCCGGGCAGAUCGGAUGGCUCAAGGAGCUCGGCCGGCUCAAGCUCUGGUUCGGCGUCCUGCUCGACUUCAGGGACCGGACGGCCGAGCUGGUCCACCAAGCCACCCAUCCCGAUGGGCGAGCAGCAGGCCCAGCGCCGGCCAGGGAGACCGAGGCGCUCGCCGACCAGAUCUUCGAGCUGAUCCAGUCCUACCAAGACUUCCGUCGCCUCGCCCCACCCAACAACAACGUCUCCCGCUUCACCCUGUACGACUACAUCCACCAGAUCAUCCGCCACGCGCUCAGCGGGCUCAUCGAGGCCAUCGCCGGCCAUCUCGCACAGACGCUCGAGGACGAAAUCGCCUGGCCCCAGCCGAGCCGUGCCCCGCUCGAGUUCAAGGCGCCGAGCACGACUCGGAUCCUAGCGUCCUUCAAGACCGCCGUCAACUUCCAAAACAAGUUGAACAGCAGACCUGAUUUGGUCUCGUUGGCUGAACAACAACCCGAGCGAGCAGACCAAGACGGUGUGGUUUGGCUGCCCCUCGCUGAGGGCUCGAUCCUUCUCAAGGCGAUUCUGCGGCCGAUCAUCUUGCGCUUCCGGUUCCAUUUCGACAGCUCUCGGCCGACGAACCGGCUAGACAAGCCUGAGUGGUACUUCAAUCACGUGCUUGACCGGCUGGCCGAGCACGAAAAAUUCAUCAAGUCUGAUAUCCAGAAACUAUUCGAAAUGAGUGGCCAAGGCUCGACGAAAGUAUUUCACGGCUUUACGGUCCAGUUGAUCAAGAUUGUCGAGAAGAAGCUCAAGCGGCGCAUCCCGCGUAUGCUAGAGAUGAAACCGAUUCUGGCGCAUACGAUCGAAAGUGCGAUCGCAUUCGAUCAGACGAUCAAGCAGAUGGGCUAUCUGUCGAGCGAGCCAUCCACGACUGGGUACAGUGCUCAGUGGCUGGGCACAGCCGAUGCAAUUCUGUCCAAUCCGCAUUGGUUCAGCGUUUGGUUCGAGGCCGAGAAACGCUUUGUGGAUGACAUGUGCCUGGAGAUUAUCAGCUCGAACGAUACGUGGGAGAUCAACGAGGAAGACCAACGGCCGAUGAGCAUGGGCCUUCCGGGGACGAAUUCGUCUCUGGGGAUGCAAGACCUGGUGGAGCAGAUCAAGAGCAAAUACGAACUCUUACCGCGACUGAGCUACCAGACGGCGUUUCUGGUGAAGAUCCAGAUGGUCGUCCUGGAGGCGUAUUCGCAGCGGAUCGGAGGCGUGUUGGACGGCUUCGAGCGCAGCCGACUGAUCAGCGUCGUCGGGGGUGACUCGGGGCGGGCCAAGAUGAAUGUGGGGAUGAAGGGCCUCGAACGGCUGGUCAAGGUGUACAUCAGCUGCAACUGGCUCUUGGCCUGCUUCCGGACCUGGAACGACGACCUGUUCUAUGCCGAGCUGUAUGACAAACUCGGCCGCGAGGAAAGCCCAAGCCCGGAGCUCGACAAGCUCCUGAGGUCCGUCGAGGCCGCAGCAGGCUUGGAUCGCACCCUGUUCAGUCUGGCGGUGGCCCGGUUCGAGGAGCUCGCUAAACGUGCCGAGGCGGCGAUCGUGCGCCAAGUGGUGCAAGAAAUCUCCGCCGAGCUGAAGCCGUAUUUCGCCAAACGAUGGGAUCUGGAGUCAGGCCCGGAGACUGAGGGAAGUGGAGGAGGAGCAGCAGAGGUGGACGAGCUCUCCCCGGAGAUCGUCCCGGCGAUCGGGCUGUGGAAGGCGCGGAUGAACUAUCUGCGGGGGACGGUGGGGCCGCGGGUGAAGCUGAACCGGCUGGUGAAGCCGAUCGCACAGGAGAUCGAGGCCAAGUUGCUGCUCAAGAUGGUCUUUGAGCCCUUCUCGAUCCGCGCGAUCAGCCAUCGGGGCGGGCUCCAGAUCCAGUUCGACCUCCUCUUCGGCUGGCUCAACACCACCACCACCACCUCUCUCUCUGCCGACCGGUCUACACAGCCCCUGAGACUGGAGCGACACUUCUCCAAGGUGCUCGAUGCUUGUAAACUCCUCACCUGUCCUUCCGCCUCCUCCCCCUCUUCUGUGUCUGCCCCGCUCAUGUUCGAGGAGCUCGUCCGCAUCUGCUUCGAUGAGGCCUCCCCCGAGCGGGAAUGCAAGCGCCUGUUGAAGGAGCGGGUGCAGGUGUCGUGCCUCUCGCGAUCUGAAUGCCAGUUGGUGCUCAAGAGACGUCCGGAGUGUUGGAAGACUUGA